UUUCUUUUUCCAAGAGCCACGUGGUUGACCGUACCGACUGCGGAUUCGACGCGAGGUAUCGGCGUCUACCGCGAGGUGGCGCGAGCGUGCCCGGUGGGGGCGCUGGACGCCAGCCAAUCGCCGCGUCCCGCUCGGCCGUUCUCUAAGUUUUUGAACCUACAGGACACGACAAGCCGCACACUCCGCACAUCGAGGCCCUGAUCACCAUCGCCGGUCCUGGUGGACGCGGGCGAGGCGCGCGUCAACGAAAACGUUCGCGGUAUAUACACAGCGAACGGGCGCGCGCGUGGCAUGCGUGGAUCCUGCGAACGAGCGACCCCCCGAGCCGUUCACGCCGUUCACGUGUACGCGAGGACCUCGGAGUCACGUAGCAAUUAGAUAAGGAAGCAUCGAAGUUCCAUCGUAUCCGAAAAAUGGCGCCCCCGAAGGUACUGCUUGGACAACAUUUGCAAAGCACUACAAGUUUGAGGAAAGGAAUAACGACCAGAAGUCAAAAUUCUUUGCUGCCUAACGUAUUAAAGCCCAAUGGUAGCAGAGAGACUCGCGCCAAGCGAAAAGCGGAGGUUUCGCCACCUAAGGAGAAAACGCACAAGAGACACGCGUUUGCUAACAUCACCAAUGCCAUCACUACAUCACUGGUGGGGCAGAAUCAUCCGGUGAAAAAGAUAGUUACUCAAAUCAAACCAGUUGAAAGUAACGUCGCCUCGGAGAAACCUGCAGACGUUGCUGUGACAAAAGCUGCCGCGACGAAAGCAAAACCAGUGCUUCGUCCUAAGCCUGUUGUCAAGAAGGACGAUAAGACGAAAAUUGUUAACAAAAUUGUAAAUAGUAGACUGAGUGAGGAUUUCGAGAAGUCGGAGGAUAGUUUGUACGUCAGUGCUUUAGAAGAUAUUACAGAUAGCGUGAAAAGGACUCGCAAAAGCAACAAUAUUUUUAAGGUUGACGAAGAGAAGAGAAAUGAAAAAAUAGAAAAACCAGCGGAGAAAGAUGAAAAGAGAGAACCAACCCCUACGAAUGAGCAUAAAAAAGUUUCGGCCGCCAGUUUGUUAAUUGCUAUACCCGUAAGAAAAUUACCCGAAGGUGUCGAAUGGGACUUCGAUGUUGAGAAUUGGCAGGAUCCGUACCAGGUAUCGCACUACGCGAUGGACAUCUUCGAGUACCUGAAGGAACGAGAACGCCUGUUUCCCGUCGGCGAUUACAUGAGUCGACAAAUAUGCCUAUCGCAAUGGAUGAGAGCACUACUUGUCGAUUGGAUGGUCGAGGUGCAAGAGUCAUUUGAAUUGAAUCACGAGACCCUGUAUCUGGCUGUGAAACUGGUCGAUCUAUACCUGACAAAAAUGACAGUUGUGAGAGAGACUCUACAACUGCUUGGGGCUGCGAGUCUUUUCAUAGCGAGUAAAUUUGACGAAAGAAUACCGCCAAUGGUGGAAGACUUUUUGUACAUAUGUGACGGCGCUUACACACAAAAGGAGCUGAUCAAAAUGGAAAUGAAUGUUUUGAAAAUAGUCAAUUUUGACCUGGGUAUACCUCUAUCGUACAGAUUUCUUCGGCGUUAUGCCAGGUGUGCCAAGGUGUCUAUGCCCACGUUAACUCUGGCUCGGUACAUACUGGAACAUUCACUGAUGGAUUACACGAUGAUCAGGUUCAGCGAUAGUAAAAUGGCAGCGGCGGCAUUACUACUAGCAUUGAUAAUGAAGGACCUGGGAGGAUGGAAUUUAACACUAGAAUACUAUAGUGGUUAUAAGCUUGACGACAUAAGAGAUAUUUGCAUUCUUUUGAACCAGGCUUUGCAUAAGAAACAUAAAGAAACAUUAAAGAAUGUCCACAACAAGUACAGCCACAAGAUUUUCUUCGAAGUAGCAAAGCUGCCCUUAAAAGACACUUUAGAAAUAUAAAUAAAAAAGAUACAGUUUGUGGUACUGAAGUAAUUUGUAAGUCCGAGAGAACUUAUUUUAAGAGUAUUCCAUAUCCAGUUUCAUUAUUCUAAGUCGCAAAGUCAGUAUAAGUACAGGUACAGGUGAAUUAUUUUGCUAAUACGACAUUAGGAAUUAAGGAAAUAAUUAAAAUCAAAUUCCUGUUCAGUUUGAACGUUAGUUAAAUGAUCGUUUAGACACGAAUAGCUGCUUUCUAAAUUGAAUAAUGUAUGAAACAAGAUCAAAAGAACGUAAAAAAUCUCGAAGGCAUAUUAAGAAGUUUUGUCGUGAAACUUCACCGAAUUUUUUACGAAUGUAACAAUUGUGACUAUCUUUAUUAUUAUUAUUAUUUAUAUAUGACGCGAUAAUCUCUAUAUAACUUUACAGUCUUUGCUAUUUGUAUAAGUCAUAUUUUACUAAUUAUUUUUCUUUUUUUUAUCAAAAAAUUUAUUUUAGCGCCACGCUUUUAUAACUUAGAGAUAAAUUCUCAACUUGAGAUUUGAUGUCGGAUUUUUUUCAAUAUGCGAAAUAGACUGAAAAGUAAUGCAUGUGUGAUCGAAUAGCUUGCAAACGAAAAGAUGUAUAUUUUCAAAAAUUUAAAGGAAAGAGCAAAAUAAAAUUUAUUUAUUUUUUUAACACUAUGCCUUUGUAAACCAAAUUCUUCCUAGUGGAAAAUAUUUUUGGUGACGAACGAUAUCGCGCCGUUCGUUUAGCUUCGCCCUCCAUGGGAGAGAAUAUAUAUAUGCUUCUUAAGUUGAAAGAAGAAAUGUAAAUCGACAUCAGAUCCGUCAACCUGACUUGAAUGUUUCACGUCUGUCGUAGCAGUCCUCGUUGCGAAAUUCGUAUAUGAUUUUAAAGCAAUUGGAUUCAUAUUUACGAAAUUUUGUUGUUCGAUGGACCACGCCUCGUACAACAAUAUCUAUUAAACACCUUUUAAACACUGAUUAAAUUACUAGAUUUAUUGCAUAUAUUUGAUCUAAUUAACAUAAUAUACUUAACUCAUGUUUAGACAUGUACUCUUUAAGAAUCAUUGAAUAGAGCAAAUUUUGCACAUUUAUUAAGAGUAACUGAACAAACAUAACAUACUAUCUCUAUCUCGUUUCUCAGGAUAGUUGAUCGUGUGCGUUGCUUUUCAGCCUGUCUCAUCGUAAUUGAUCAUAAUCUUUCGAUGUCUUUCGCGACGAAAGACACUUUAGAAUUAUACUGCCGAACGCCAAUUGAUAAUUCAAACUUCAUUAUGCGAAUGUUCGCGCGACAGCUUCCGCUGAAGAUACUGCCAUGUAAAGAGGUGUGGCGCAUUGUUAUCAUUGUUGUAUUUACAGUUAGGCUUCCGUAUUUCUUCCUCGUCAGAAACAAGCUUGGCUUUUCUUGUCUUCCCUUCUCGCAGCCUCCACACAUUCCAAUAUUGACGGCCUAAUCAUUAGAAUAUGAUUGGAGGCUGAAAAAUGGGAGGAAGACAGAGAAACUAACUAAUUACCGGUAAGAAAGCACAGUGGAAGCCCGACUCUACGUAAACUGAAGGAAACUUAUUUUGUUGAAUGAAGAACUUGUAUGUUUCUAUUACGAUUGUGCGUUAAAACAAAUGAAAUAUUUGUUGCAAACAAUCGGAUGAUGUGAAAAUUCAAUUGAAGACAGAAUGCCUGUAUCUGAUCUUAGAAUUGGAGGAUAAGUAUAUACUGAUGAUCCAACUCUAUUUCUACAUUAUGGCAAUUCGGUUAAGUACAUUUUAAACUCCCGUUUCGUACAUUUAGCGAAGUAAGACCUGUCCUUUUCAUGGUAAACUCGUAAUUACUCAAUUUGUGAGCGGCAUUUGUGUCGGCGCCAUUUCCGCUACCAAAUGCGGUUUACACGAGGUAUAUCUCAAAUUUACGCAAGUAUUGUUCAUUUAUUACGACGAUACCCUCCCUACAAUCCACUGCUUUAAGAAAGUACUUUAAAAUUUGAAAAAGAGAAAAAGUUGUGUCACAUAAAUUGCUGCGUGUCAAAACUAACAAUAAGCGUAAUUAAAAAUUCGCAAUUUGUAGACCGUUUCGAAACCUGUAUAAUCGCGCUGGGUGACAUAAUUUUCUUUCUCCGAACGAAAACAAUUCAGACUAAAAACCAAUAGAAAUGAAAAACUAUCUGUGAUAUUCAGUCAUAAUGUCACAAAACCGAAACGAGUGAGUGUGUGUGUCUGUGCGUGCAGGGUGGCCACGAAAUUCUCUAACGUGAAUACAAUUUGGACAUUUUAUUUUGGAUACGAUUUUUGCGUCUAAAAUGGAGUGUCGCAUUUUCGCGUAUGACAAGGAGAUUCUUAUCACUUUGCACUCUUACCAUAUAAUCUGCUUGUAUAAUUAGUAUUAUUUAUAUUUUGAAUAAUUUGAAAAGAAUACAAGACGAAGCACGAUAUAAAUAUUUUAGUGCGAAGAAAUACAAGAUAAAGCAUUAAGAAAAAUAAUAUAAAAACCCUUUAGUGUGUAUGAAAAAUAAAAAAAACUUAAAAAAAUAAGAAUAUAUAUUUAUACAUACAUAAUAAUUAAUUACCCCGGUAGAUCAAUAUGUUUUCAACUGCUUUCAUAACCAAAUUCCAUGUGCAACACCUUUUGUACUCCUUAUUGAAUAUAAGAAAAAAAUAUUCAAUAUAUAGUGAACAUGCACAGUGAAUUUGACAAAAAUGAGACAAAGGAAUUUUAUGGCUACCCGGUAUAAUGAUGCAGUAAUUACUUAUAUACGGUAUUUAUAUUAAUUACUCUUAAGCGAAAAUAUAAUAAUGUCACGCGCACCUUCUGAGUAUUAGACCUCGUUAGAUUUCUUGGUUACCUCAAAGAAAAACAAACACAUAAGAGAAAAUUACAUGUACUGUACAUAUAUAAUCAAUCACAGAUUUUCAUCUGUAUAUACAUAUAUU